AUGGCCGAAAUAGCGCCCAGAGAAGUCACUCCGCCUCCGCUUCAAGCGCCCACCGCCAAAGAGAAGAAAUACGAUAGACAGCUGCGACUAUGGGCAGCUUCGGGUCAAAGAGCACUUGAAGAGUCACAUGUCCUCCUCGUCAUUGGCGACGAAAGCCACGGGUCCAACAGCAGCGUAGCUGGUGCUGAGACACUCAAGAACCUCAUCCUUCCUAGCAUUGGUAAUUUCACCAUUGCCGACUCUGCGACGGUCACAGAUGCCGAUUUAGGGGUCAAUUUCUUUCUCGAGACAGAAAGUCUACAUAAGCCAAGAGCAGAAGAGACGAGACGGCUUCUCUCCGAGUUAAAUCCCGACGUUACAGGCCAUGCCAUCACAAGUCCUCUAUCGGAAUGGCUACCCGCCGACAACUCCCUGCAACCGUACAAUCUCAUCCUUCUAUGCGCCCCGAUACCCUUGCAUUACUUGCAGAGGAUAUGCACCUAUGCAACAGAACGAUCGAUACCCGUGAUCUACAUCCAGUCAGCCGGCUUCUUCGCGUCCUUUUCCAUCCAGCUCCCUCAAGAGUUUCCCAUUGUUGACACCCAUCCCGACCCAGAGAGCACCCAAGAUCUUCGGCUUCUGGCGCCCUGGCCAGAGCUUGAAGCCGCGGUAGACUCACUAGGCGACCUGACUUCACUCCCCGACCAUGAACACGGUCACAUCCCCUACAUCCUACUUCUGCUGCGCUACUUGCGAGAUUGGAAGAGGUCACACAACGAUUCCUACCCGUCGAAAUUCAAAGACAAAACCGAGUUCAGAGACCUAGUCCGCUCCGGCGCAAGAACAAACAACCCGGAGGGCGGCGAGGAAAACUACGAUGAAGCUUGUGCGGCUGUUCUGAAAAGCAUCACAUCGCCGCCGAUUGGCAGCGGGUGCAAAGAGAUGAUGAGCAUGGCGUCGUGCACAAACAUCACUAAAGACUCGGCAAACUUCUGGGUCGUUGCCAAAGCCAUCAAACAGUUCUAUGAAACGCACGGCGUCCUCCCUCUCCCGGGAUCUCUACCAGACAUGAAAGCGACCAGCUCGGAGUACAUCAAACUUCAGAGCUUAUACAAGACGAAAGCACGUGCUGACGUUGCGGAAGUCACCCAGGCUGUGCGGCAGUUGGAAAAGGACCUGUCUCGGACAAGGCCUAUUGAGGACUCGGAAAUCGAAGCAUUCUGCAAGAACGCCUCGCACGUCCGUGUUCUGACGAAUCCGAACAACGACCCUGUUCCCGCAUUGCGACUGGCCCUGGGCGAUGUAAAGACUCUUGCGCGGUUGCCUGCUCUGGUCGAGAAUGACUGGGAGGGCAUGCUUCCCGUCUUUGUGGCGUUGAAUUCCGCGAUGGUAGACACCAGCGCUCUGUCGUCAGAUGAGGAAGUGCAAGAGAGCUAUGCGAACGCGGUAAAAGAGGUUGACCGGGUCAAGGGCGGCGAGUUACACAACAUCUCGAGCGUCUUGGGUGGCAUGGCGGCGCAGGAAGCCAUUAAAUUGCUCACGAGGCAAUAUGUGCCUGUCGACGGAACGUGCGUGUUUGAUGGAAUCAGGAGCAAGAGCGCCAUUUUCAAGGUCUGA